AACUACUAAACGUUGUUGCGUUUGAAAAAUCAAAGAAACAAAAAAUAUCCAAAAAAAACCAGAAGAAGAAGAAAAAUCGUUGAAGGCGAAAAUGGGAGCGGUGAACAACAUCUGGAACGCCAAAGAAGUAGCUGAAGCUCCGGAUAACUCUGCCAUCCAAAUCCGCUUUUCUUCUCAAUCCGUCGACCCUUCCCUCCCUCUCCCCCAAAUCACGCCGCUCGUUACGAAGCUGUGCAAGGAUCUGUUCAAGGAAUGGUCGGAUUUGGACGAUUCUCGCUUCUCCGUCGAGACGGUUUCCGGCGGCAUCACGAAUCUCUUACUGAAGGCUACUGUGAAGGAGGAUGAUGGAAAUGAGGUUUCGGUGACGGUGAGGCUGUAUGGACCUAACACUGAUUAUGUGAUCAAUCGCGAGCGCGAAUUGCAGGCAAUCAAGUACCUCUCGGCUGCGGGGUUUGGUGCGAGUUUGCUUGCAGUUUUUGGAAAUGGAAUGGUGCAGUCGUUUAUAAAUGCACGUACACUCGUCCCAUUAGACAUGAGAGAUCCAAAGCUGGCUGCUGAUAUUGCCAAGGAACUACGUCGGUUCCAUCAGGUGGAAAUUCCUGGUUCUAAGGAACCUCAGCUGUGGACCGACAUUUUCAAGUUCUACGAGAAAGCCUCUGCUCUUGAAUUUGAUGACAACGAGAAGCAGAAGAUCUACGAAACCAUUUCAUUUAGUGAAGUUCACAAUGAACUCGUUGAGGUCAAGGAAUUGACUAGCCAUUUUAAUGCUCCCGUGGUUUUUUGUCACAAUGACUUGCUUUCUGGAAAUAUAAUGGUGAAUGACGAAGAAGAGAAACUCUACUUCAUUGAUUUUGAGUAUGGAUCAUACAAUUACAGAGGCUUUGACAUCGGUAAUCACUUCAAUGAAUAUGCAGGCUAUGAAUGUGACUACAGCUUAUACCCAACCAAGGAAGAACAAUACCAUUUCUUCAGGCAUUAUUUGGGACCUGAAAAACCACAAGCGGUAUCGGACAAAGAUCUUGAAGCUCUAUAUAUUGAGGCAAAUACAUAUAUGUUAGCUUCACACUUGUACUGGGCUUUAUGGGGAUUAAUCCAGGCAAAGUUUUCCCCAAUCGAGUUCGAUUAUCUCAGUUAUUUCUUCCUGCGAUACAACGAAUACAAAAAGCAGAAGGAAAAGUGCUUAUUGUUGGCAAGAUCAUUCCUCUCACGAUCUAAUGCAGGGUAACGCGUAACGCACAAGCACCUGCCUGUAUGUUAUGAAUAUGUAGGGAGUGCUAUUCUUUUUAGUCUGUUACCAUCAGGUGAUGUUGUAAUAUAUUUUUUUGUAGCGAUGAAAAUUAGACAAUACGAGCAAAUAACUUGUAUUAGGGGCUCUCCGAAGCACUGUAAUGCAAAGAAACUAGUGUAUUCUAUCAAUGUAAUAUUUUUGUGCUCUCAUUCAUGUCAACAGUUGUGAGAACAUUCUUGAUUAAAUUUGUUGAAUAUUACUUGCAGCAA